AAAUGAUAAAAACAUUUUCGUAAUAUAUUGAGAACUCUGUAUAACCAGCCAACAUGGCAGAUGAUCCGCAAGUGUUUUUGCUGAAGUGUGAAGUACAGAAGUAUGCUUGGGGUAAAACUGGUUCGGAGAGUGAGGUGGCCAAGCUGUGUCAAGGCGUGAACCCCGAUUUUCAAAUUGAGGAGAACACGCCAUACGCUGAGCUGUGGAUGGGAACACAUCCAAACGGACCCUCCAAGGUUUCCAUUCCAGGAAAACCAGAGGAGGAGCUAUCAGAAUGGAUAAAGAGAAACCCGGACAAGCUUGGGUCAGAGGUCAAGUCGUACUUCAAGGAGGAGCUACCAUUCUUGUUUAAAGUUCUGUCGGUCAGGACCUCUUUGUCCAUACAAGCCCAUCCAAAUCUGGUUCUGGCCGAGGUGCUGCACAAAGAGAACCCCAAGGCCUACAAAGACAGCAACCACAAGCCCGAGAUGGCUAUAGCUCUCACCCCGUUCCAGGGGCUGUGUGGCUUCCGUCCCAUCAAGGAGGUGGCCAGAUAUAUAGAGGAGAUUGACGAGUUCCGCGAGGCCAUUGGCAACCACAACGCGGUGAAGCUGCUGUCAUCUAGCAACUGCUUGGACAUGCCGCUCCACCGCGAGGCCAUGAAGGUGUGUUUCACUGGACUCAUGAAUAGAAAAGCAGACGUCAUCGACAAGCAACUGAAGAGUCUUGUGGCCAAAGUUGAAGACAUGAAAUCUAAUGGCAAAGACACGUCACAUUUGGAAGGCGAUUUGCUGUUAAAGUUAAACCGCGUGUUUCCCGGGGAUCGUGGCGGGUUUGCAAUUUACUUUCUGAAUGUGAUAACAUUGCAACCCGGAGAAGCCAUGUUCCUUGAGGCCAACCUGCCACAUGCAUAUCUGUCAGGAGAUUGCAUGGAGUGUAUGGCCUGCUCCGACAAUGUUGUGCGAGCCGGUCUGACUGUCAAGUUUGUGGACGUGCAUACACUGUGUGAGAUGUUAAACUACACGGGGCAGACGGCAGCUAAGACCAAGUUCAAGGGCAUUGAAGACCGAGGUGGAGAUGUAGCUGUUACAGUCUUUAGGCCAUUUGUCCGGGACUUUGCUGUAACAAGAUUCGAAAUUCCGAGCGGAGUGAACAAGGUGAGACUGGCCCCACUGAAGAGUGCCAGUAUAUGCAUUGUGAUUAAAGGAUCAGGGGAAGCAACCAACGCAACACUUUCUUCUCCUGUACCUCUCCAGCGGGGAUCAGUGUUCUUCUUCUCGGCAGAGGAGGAAGUCUUUGUCAAUGUUUCCUCAGAUGGCAUGCUGCUGUUUCGGGCGUACGCAGGUGUUUGAUCAACGUGAACACAGUGACACUAACAGAUUGUAGAACGGAGACAGUAACAAAUCGUAGAACAAAGUCCCAGUAUAUAUUUUUGUUAUUAGAAAUGUUGGACCGAUGUAGAACGCAACUAGGGAACGGGUCUUAACAGGAUGCUGCACAAGGUGAGGUGAUUCGUCAUAACAUUCAUGAACAUGCUUGUAACAAAAUGAUGGAUAUAUCUGACUCAUUCUUAUCCCAACCAUUGUAUGUUUUAAUCAAAAUGCAUGUAACGAACCCUGGUUAUACUGAACUUAAGUUGACCAUCAGUUUGAGUUCAUUAUAGCCACAUUUUUUCUGUAGAAGAAUUCAUUCAUACAUUUUGUUACCUACAUUAAAAUCCUUGAUUAACGGAUAAGUCUUGGAUAUUGUUUAUAUAUCAUGUAUGUUAAGGGGGUCCUUGGAAUCUAGGCAAACUCUAACUUUCCUCCAGUAAUUCGAACACUGGUAUCAUGUCAUGUUACAUUAAACGUUUUAGCGUAUACGGUAUAUGUGGUGUAUUAGGCAUUUAUGCAUCUCGAGUUAAGUUUUAUUCAGCUUGCCUUUGGCUUAUGGUAUAGCGCUAAACACAUAACACACAACGCCAGCCCAUGUGAUGCUCCCACAGCAAAUUUGUCUUGAUGAAAUGCUUCAGUCUGACAUUUACAAUGAAAUUAAAAGAAACAAAUACAUUGAGCUGAGGUAGAAUUUCUGCUGUGUCAUUUGACUUUCAGCUUCUUUCUUCCUAGUUGGCAUCAACGAGUUAUGUCCCCUUAUAUAUCAAUGUGCAGCCUGUUUGCUUCAUCACAGGGUUUGGGGUUUAUUUUCCUGCUCAGAAACAUAUUUCCCUCCCAGACAGGAUAUAUAUUAUUUUAUCACCAUCAUGUGAACCAACCAGAUCUUUCCUUUUUUGAGUGAAGGUAAUAUAGAGGUACGUUUGUGAUAUAUAUCUCGUCAGAUCCUGUAAAAACUGUGAUAAUACAUGUAAAAUGACAGUUUUAGAACAUGUUUGAUGAAAUACUUCGAUGACUAGAACAGGUGCUCCUGAUAUAAGUUGUUUAUUAAGCAAUAUGAUGCUGAAGCAAUAUUGUGUGUUAGUUCAGACAAACAUAAGUUAAAGUAAUGUAAGAUAUCUUAUUGUUGUAAAUUUACAGUGUUGCAGUCUCUCAAUUCAAGUGAGCAACAUUGUAGGGUUUGGGAUUGAAACAAGUUAUGAUUGUGUUUGCAUUGUGAUGCUUUGUUUAUGAAAUGUUCUGAAUAUUUCCAAUACAUAUGAUGUUAUGUAUCA